GUACGUUAAUAUUAACAUUACAUACUGUCGGGUUGUAUAAAAGAAAACGCUAGUUAUUUUCAGUUUUAAUGGAUAUUCUUGAAUAAUAGUUAAUAUUUUAAUUUUCAAAAUAUAUUUUAAGUUAAUAAAGUUAAAAAUAACUAAGUAAACAGUAAUAAUUAAAAAAAAAAUCAAUAGAUUUUUUAAUUUCUACAAAAUUUUUUUAAAAUAUACAGAGUGACGGCACUGACGCACAAUUUUGUGUACACACAAAUGUAGGAAAUACAACAAUAAAAGUACAUAAAACAAAAAGCUUCUCUUUUCUGUCUCUUUCAAACAAAUACUUUUUACCUAACUACAAGAGACAACUAGUUGAGUUUAUAAAAAGUAGUUUUAUACGAUAAUACAAAAGAUUACGAAUUAUUUUGCGAAUGUUUUUUACUUCGUUUGUAUUGUGUGUAUAGUUCCCAUUGAAAGAAGGUUUUUUUUUAUAUUCCUGUACUUAUGGAGCAUAUUCAGCAAUUAGCUGCACAGCAACAGCAGCAACAACAAGUUCAACAGCAACUGCAACAACAACAUCAAGUUGUUGUACAACAGGCACAACAGCAAGCACAUAAUAAUGAUGCUAGAAAUAAUUGUACAACAUCUGGUGUAGCAACACAACAAUUAUUUUCAUAUAAAAUGGCUAGUAGUUUUCAGAAUCCAGCUACAACAAUGGCACAGGUUGUUGCAUCAUCAAAUUCAAAUGCUAAUAAUUCUAAUACAACCGGUUAUGAUUAUCGUACAUUAAAUAUGGCAACUGCCGCUGCAACUGCAUCACCUGGUACACAAUGGUGGUAUGCAACUGCUGCUAAUCAGGGACAAAUCGAUGCAAAUGCAUUACAGCAACAACAACAGCAGCAGCAACAACAGCAACAGCAAAAUCAACAACAUCAACAGCAACAACAACAGCAACAACAGCAGCAACAACAACAACAGCAACAGCAGCAACAACAACAGCAACAAAAUAUGAACGCAGUAAAUACAACGACUAAACAGCAUAACACUAUGAUACGUGGAGGAGCUAAAACAGAUGCUAAACCUAGGGGUAGAAUGACAGCAUAUGCAUUUUUCGUUCAAACUUGUAGAGAAGAACAUAAGAAAAAACAUCCUGAAGAAUCUGUUAUAUUUGCUGAAUUUUCGAGGAAAUGCGCAGAAAGAUGGAAGACGAUGUUGGAUAAAGAAAAGAAGAGGUUCCAUGAAAUGGCUGAAAAGGAUAAACAAAGAUAUGAUCUAGAAAUGCAAAAUUAUGUCCCACCUAAAGGUGUAGUAAUUGGUAGAGGCAAAAAACGAAAACAAAUUAAAGAUCCAAAUGCGCCAAAAAGAUCAUUAUCGGCAUUCUUUUGGUUCUGCAAUGAUGAACGUAAUAAAGUUAAAGCACUUAAUCCUGAAUAUGGCGUUGGUGAUAUUGCUAAAGAACUUGGCCGUAAAUGGUCAGAUGUAGAUCCAGAAGUUAAACAAAAAUAUGAGUUAAUGGCAGAAAAAGAUAAAGCUAGAUAUGAAAAAGAAAUGACAGAAUAUAAAACAAGUGGGAAAAUUCCAAUGUCCGCGCCAUCAAUGCAAGCCCAACUUCAAGCACAAGCGGCGGCGCAAUUAGCGGCUGCUCAAACGGCAGCAGCUGUACAACAAAACGCUGGUGGAGGAGGCGAUGAUGAAGACGAUGACGAUGGUGAUGAUGAAGAACAUCAGUAGAUUUAUAAGUGUAAUGCGUAAUAAUUAAAAGAGAAAUCUUACAGAAUUAAAAAAAAAAAAAAAGAAAAAAAAAACUAAUAUAAAUAUAAAUAUUAUUUUGUAAAAUAAUACUUUUUUAUAGUUAUAAGUAUCUAAGUUAAAAAAAAAAAACAACAACAAAAAACAACAAAAAAAAAAACAAAAAAAAAAUCAAAUAUAUAUUUUAAUUUUACUAUAGAGACAUCCUUCCUCCCGAAAUAUAAAAUCUUAUAUAUAUAUAUAAUAUUAUAUUAUACAAUUAUAUUUUCACGUUGAUUUUUUACAUUAUAUAUAUAUAAUUAUAUAUGUACAUUUGUAGUAAAUUAUGUACUACACUUUAUGUAUAUAUUCUCAUAUAUGCGUAGCAUAUGUAUGUAUAUAUAAUAUUAUGUAUAUAUAUACAUAAAUACAUAUAUUACAUAUGAAAAAAUAUACAUGUUUAUAUGAGUAUGUGCAUAAUUUAAUUUGAUAUAAUAAGUAUGUAACAAGUUUUACGCAAUUAUAAUUUUAUUUUUUUCAUUCACUCAAAAAAAAAAAUUUUUUAAGAAAUAUGAAUUCCAUAUAACAAUAAUAAAUGAUUUGUUUUAUGUAUAACAAUUAAGAAACAAAAUUGUCAGAAGCAGUUUAAUUUUUUUUUUUACAUUUUAAUUUACAUUUUUUUUUUUUUUUUGAUGGUCUGUACACGCAGAUUUUAAUUUUGUACUCGUCUGAAAAAAUAAAAAAAAAAAACUUUUGAACUUAGAACGAUCAUUUACUUAGGUACAUUUUGUUUCAAAAUGCUAGAUAAGUUAAAAUGAAAUAAACAUUUUUGUAAUGAAUAUAUUUUUUUUUGUUUUGACAAAUAAAAAUUUCUUUAGUUACUAUAUAAAAGAUUUCCAAUAAAAUUAAAUUUUUUUUUUCUUUAUUUUUGGUAUCUGAAUUCCUCUAUUUAAUAAAUUCUGUUAAUUCUGAA